AUGGAGAACACUAUAGACCCUGAAAUUGAAGUGAAAAAGCUUCAGGAUUUGGUCCGAAAGCUUGAAAAACAGAACGAACUGCUUCGAAGCAAAGCGGAUGCAAUCGGGAGUCCGGCAUCGAAUGGAACUCUGCCAUUGACAGAAGCCAACACGAACCUGACUUCUAAUGGAGAUAUCAAAUCGGGAAAAAUAAAUGAGACAAGGACAAAAAACUCUGAUAAAGGUCUUCUCGAUGCAGUUAAAUUUUUUUCUUCAUGUUUUCCCAGGUUAUAUACAUCACCAAUCAAAAUAGCUAGUCCAGAACAGAAGUGUAUUAGUCCAUAUGAUUGGAUCAGACAAGACUUUGAAAAUCCUACCAGAGACCAGGAAUCGGCUAAGAAAUGUCUACUUGCUAAGCUGGAUGAAGUCUCGAGAGUGAACAGAAAUAGCAUGGGACCUAGUGUAAUAGCAUUGCAACAACCUCAAAUUCCAAACCAAGGCAGUGGAGAUCCACUGAGAGGAAUAGAAAAACUUGAAACAUCUCCAAGAAGUCAAUCUCCGCCCCCAUCCCAACCCCAGAGGAGAGAGAGAAGGACGAGUAAGGAGGAAAGGAUGGGAUUAGCAAAGCUUGAAGAUGUGACGGAUGUACAGAUACUAGCUAGAAUGCAAGAAGAGAGUUUACGGCAAGCAAUGCACAGUUCCCCUGCCAACUCACCAAGAAGAAUAUCAGUGUCCCCUGCCUCAUCAGAAAACGCCCUCCACAGAUCAGCCUCUCGUAGCUCUAGCGUAAGCAGCACAGAGGGAAAGAGUGAAGAUGGAGACGAAGGUCAAAGGUCAAAUGUCGUCAGAAGGAGACCUUCCUUUGAGAGAAUACGCAAAGCAGGAGAAGGAGGGAGAAGAGAUGGUUUAUAUAGUCCUAGAAACAAUCAAGAUUACAGACCAGAAGAGUUUGAAGAGUGGGAAUAUGCCAGACCUGUCAUUGGUCGACGAUUGUCACAGGAGAAGAUUAGACGUCCAAGCGGUGAAGGUAAUGAAAGGAAAGAAUUAUCACCUAGGGGAACACCAGAUGGUAGGAACGGAGAUGCUAAACACAAUGCAGUAAACAGACUCAGAGGAACAGAGGAACACUCGAAGAUUAACGGUCUGCAUAGGAGACAUCCAGAUGUCCGAAAUGGGGAGCUUAAAGCGCCCUCUAAAAAGGUUAUCGUCAGACGGAGUCCGUCCCUUGAAAGUCCUCAGAGAACACAUCAAAAAGGGGAUAGGCGUAGAUAUAGUUUUAGUCCUGGUACGGCCAGGCAAGCCUUGAAUCAAAUGCUUAAUGCGGAAGAUGAUGAGAUAGAAGAUGAUGAGGGUGAUGAGAGUCUUGACAUCAUGGCUGAACUCCAAAGACCUACAAACUUCUUUGCUGAGAAACCGCCUGGUCAUCGAGGUAGCUUGCCAAACCUGAACAACCGUACGUACGUAAUCCAACCACCAGCACCCCACCCCACACCAUGCACCCCACCACAGACUCCUAUGAACAAUGAAAAUCAUUAUCAACCUGAUAUGACGAGUGUAGACUCGGGAAGUAGAAUUAAACAACCUAGCAGCAUUCCUGUUAAUAGGGCGCCCUCUCCCAGGACGUUAAAACAGCCAUCACCCACCAAGCUACGAGGGGCAUCACCUCAUCGUGGUAGCGGCAUUCCAGUAAGAUCAAGUCAGAUGGAAAAGAGUCAGAUACCUAGACCUAGAUCAGCUGUUAUUCCUAAAAGUGGUAUACCAUCACCUAAUAAUAGAACGACUGUUUCACCUCGAAGUUCAGUCAAGACGAGAGAUGAUAGUUGGAGAGAAGGAUGCUAUUGACAACAUCUUCCAAGGUGGUUCAUUCUGCUACCAGACACCUCCAGCUCCAAACUCAUGGAGAUGUGCCUAGUCUAGUCCAUCAUUAGGGAGUUGUUGUAUGACAGUCAUGAAGGAAUGAACCCUUCCUGUGUUGGAAGCAGUUUGGUGGUCAUGGAAGAUUGUGAAUAGGAUAAUGACUAAUGAACAUCUGAGAUGAAUUGAUAGUUGAUGUUAGGAAGAGGAUGGACCUAGGACUGCAAUGGUAGUUGUUCAAAUGCAGCAGGAAUAAUAUAGACAUCUGUGAUCACAAGAAGAUAAUAUUUGGACCAAAUGUGAACUAACCUGAAGUGAUGGCACGUCUGCUGGACUCAUUUACUUCAAUGGCUAGUGGUUUAUAUAAGAUGAAUGCAAGAAAGAUGCAAAAAAUAUGAAUGCACCGAGGUUUUAUCUUCAGCAAGAGGCUGUUGCAUGACAGAUGGAGUUGUAGAGUGACAGUGGAAUGUCGGAGUCCUUUCUGAUAUGGCAGCCUCAUUGCUGUGAUGAUGAGUAAAUGAUAGGAAUUGCUGUACUACUACUGUGUGUACCUACAGAACUGAUUGGAAUGUUCAAUGUUGUUGGUAGCUCCUUACUUGAUACAAUGAAUGGUCAGUAAUGGGUUGGGAUGGGAGAAGGGAUAUUACAACCUGGUUGGUGUUUCAUAAAGUUGUUCGUAAGUUAAGAACGACUUUAAGAACGACUGGUGAUCCUUUCUUGUGGUAAUUGGUAUAGACACCAAAAUGUUCAUUGGCAAAGGUCUAGCGCAUAAGAAAGGGUCACCAGUCGUUCUUAAAGUCGCUCUUAACUCACGAACAGCUUUAUGAAACACCACCCAGGACCUGCACUUCUUUAUACCAUAUGAGACUUUAACUAAGAUUCAUGUGAACUUUAUUCAUUUCAAUCACAAGUAAACCUAUCAUGGUUAGUGUGUGACAGUUUAUGAUAUUAGGAAUACUAGUAAGCUGUACUUUCUCUUGGAUUUUCUCAUGCAAUACUUACAAACACAUUGGUUCCCCAGCAGAAAGGAUUGAAUAGAUCCAGAUAAAGUGUAUGCAAUUCUGUAUCACACAACCUGUGGACAAGCUGUGAGUUUACAGCCUGGAACAAAUCCUGAGCUGUUACCAUAGAAUGUGUAAUGCUCAUCUCAUUGGUUAAUGGUUUGGAAGUUCAGAAUUAUAGGUGGAUUUCACCAUGCCUUCUCUGCAGGUUUUAGGAUGAUGCUCUACCCAAGUUCAAUCCCGAUUCUCAACUUAUUGCUAUUUCUUAUGUUACUGUACUCUAAAGAACCACCCACUUUACAUUAAGGAACAUAAAAUAUACAAGGAGAUUUUUUUAUCCAAAGUCGUUCUCACAAACUUUCAUGUUAACUUUUUCAAAGAAUUUAAUUGGUUCAAACAUCUUUGCAGCAGGGUUAGAAAAAAGUGUUUGCUGUCUCUGUGACAGUAUUUAUCUUUCCUCAAACCCCCAAAAUGCCAUGGUUUUUCUGUCAUAUCUUAAUUAAACUGUUAAUUAUGAAAGGAAGGUAGCUCUAUUUACAGUUCAUUUAAUUUUGGGAAUUCCUGAGUCAUAAUGAAGAUCAUGUUAAAGAUGGAUACUUAAUAAUAAAGGUAAAACACAAUCGUUUUGGGUAAUAUGCAAUAUCAUUAGUUUAAACAACAUUUCAAAUGUUUGCAAUUCACUUUUAUCUUGUUGUAUUGAGAUCUGCUUGUUUACUAAAAGUUUUACUACAAACAAGAACAGUGUAAUAUGUUAGGUUGGUUUCCUAAUGGGUUUACACUAUUUGCUUUUUAUUUUGUUAACAAUGGAUAGAGCCGUACAUUGUCUUAAACUUCUUAGCUCGGUAGAGCUUGCUUCAUACAUGUAUAUUCCUUUUUGCAAUAUCAAUUAGAAUAAUGUCAUAUCUUGGGAAGAAAUUUUAUUUAAUUAGUGUAGCUAUCAAUACCUUAUGGGCAAUUUUUCUUCAAAUAUGAAUACAAGAAAUCAGUAAGUGAUUGUAAAGAUUGAAGGCAUUCCAGGAACCUGUUCGCAAAGAUCUGUCGUAACUACCAUGGAAACCUUGACUGUGAUUGGCAGCUGAGCCCUGUUACCAUGGUAGUUUUGAUAAUGGCAAAAAUACCAUAGUUCUUUUAUAAAAACAGGCCUCAGUUCCUUGAGGUAAGGUAAAUAUAUAGAGAUAGUGAAGUUAAUUAUACAGUAAACCCACAAGAAUUGGUUAACUUAUUUGCAGAUUAUUUUUCUUGUAACCGUUUGUAAUGUAGGAAGGUAUGGAUCCUAUGUUAUUCCUUUUUUUUUUCUUUCUUCAUAUAAACUCUAAUAAUAACUUGCCAAAUGUAAUAAUGACAUGUACAAUGAUUUGAAGUCAAACAUGGCACUGAUUCCAAUAUUCUGAAAGUGUGAUCUUACUUUUCUUUCACUACAUCUGACCAAAUUGAAUUUGCUGUGGAAUAUUUUUUGUUUCUUUUUGAUACAAUAUAAUCUCACAAUUGUUUGAAUUUAUUAUCAUCAGCACAAAUGAUUUUUUGUUUGUUUUCUUCUUUUGAUCAGCACUAUAUAUACUUCCUUCCAAAAUCUGAGUGAAAUAUCACAAACAUUGUUCAGGUUUUUUUUCUCUUUUAAGUUUUAUUUGUUCAUUCUUUUUGCAAAGUAUAUGGAUUGGAGGUCUUUCAUUAUAUUUUCAUUACUUUGUGAAUGUUUUCAUGCUUCUCUUCUUUUAUUCCUUCCCUCAAAUAUUUGUCAAAGAUAUUUUUAUUUUGAUAGUAUUUUCAGUACCUUUGUAUAGAUUCCAGAACAGUGGGGUUAACAUCGGGAUGUAAAUUGAAGUCCUUGUAAUCAUUCUUCGGGCAUGGAUUUUUUUUUUACUUUCAAACAGUCUGAUAAAUUCUUAGUGAUUUUCCUGUAAUAUUUAUUCAACAAAAUUACUCUUAAAAAUUAUGAUGAAUACAUACUUAAUACAUAAAUAAAGUUGGUCACAUUCUUUUUGUCCUUGUUUUGGUCAUAUUUCCUACAAUAUAAUUCCUAAAUUUUUCAGAAGAUAGGUUAUCAUAUUUGUAGAAACAUUAGUGUGCAAUGCUAGAGAUGCGUGAAGAAAUAUUUAUUUGCUACAUUACUGUAUAAUUAUUAUUAUUUUGUAAAUUUUGCUGAAAAUUGCUUGUCCUUUUAAUAUGUAGUACUGCUGAUAAUCUUUAUGUGAUACAGUAUAAAUAUAAUGCCACCACAGUCACAUCAGUGAAAUAAAUUCCCGACUGACCAAAACUUUUUAUUCUAUUUCCAUUGACAUACAAUCAUCCGGUUUGGAAUUAUUUUGUUGAUGUGACUGGGGCGUGUAAGGUUGAAUUUAUGUUCCUAUACUGGAUUGGGAUCUUUCUAAGGUUCAGUCACAAUGCUGCAUUCCGAUGUUUUCCAUCUCAGUUUGCAGUGAUGAUAGACUUCUCAUGUAACUAUAAACUAGCAAGUGAUCUAUUAUGAAUUUUCAUUUUUAGACAAUUGUUAUGAUUUUAUAUUUGGUAAAGACAAAUUUUAGAAUCGGGUUAUUUUAGAAGUCAGUUUGUACAUUAUUGGUGAUUUAAUGUUCAAUAGAAAGAAGUUAGAGGUUCCUAUUGAUUAGUGUGAUACUGAACAGAGGAGUAAACUGGUGGUGCCCUCUCUUGGUCAGCAUGGAACAGUGUAUAACCCAAACACACCUCAAAGAGGUCUGCCAGCUGAUCUGAAUAUUAUCUGAUAGUGUACAGAUCAGUGGGUCUGUCCUGUAUCUUUGGUAUUACUUUGUUACCUCUAUAAUGCUAGUCUCUUAAUUAUAUGGGAUGGUCAGCAUUGAAUUUGAUAAUUUUUUCUAAGGUCAUAUCUACAAUGUAAUUGUAUGAUUUCAAGUAAGGUGUUGAACGAAAACCAGUAUAUUGAUUGACCUAGAAAAUGAGGAUAUAUUCUUGAUGUUGAAUGUCAUCUGGUAAAUGGAGUAAAACAACGUAAAAUAUUUCAAAGAAACCACAACCCCCUCCAAAAAAAAAAGUUAUGAUCAAGAUAUUCUAGUACUAUUUAAAUUUAUCUUGAACCACACAAACCUUGCUUGAAAAUCAAUAAUGUAAGGUAAACUUAACACUUGUUAUUAUCCUGUAAAUCCUGUAAAAGGGCAUUAAUGUAAACUUUAUCUGAAAGAGAUCAGAAAAAUUGGUAGUGUGCUGAACUUUUAAGAGGAUAUCUUCAAAGCAAACAUGAGACUUAUUUUGUUUGGAAAAAAGGGAUAAAAGAUAGUGAAAUUUGCUUUUGUAUGUGUAAGGAGAAAUAAAGGCUAUAGAUAUUAUUGUAAUGCCAUAUAACACAUCUAUUAUUAUUUUUAACAUUGAACAAGAGUGAUUUGCAACUCACAUUGCUUUUCUAUUUUGGGUCAAUUUCUACAUACAUUUUUAGCAUGCUCAAACAAUGCUUCUAUUUGCAGUUUUAUUGCCAACUUUGUCAAUGAAUUUGGGGAAGAAAACAAAGAUAUCUAGGAAAGGAAAUUAAUAUUUUUUUAACUUCAAUUAUUUUUACUUCUUGUGAAUCAAAUGACAAAGUAAAUAAAAAAUGAAAUAUAGUUUGAUGGGUAAUCCAUCUAGUUAUUAAAAAAAAUUAACUUGUCUGAUAUGACCGAUUUAAGAUUAAUCAAAUUCUACUUAAGCUCACACAAGUUAUUUUGCUGUUUUAAUGAACAGAAUGCUCUAGAAAUCUAUUUUUAUGUGUGUGAUGAGCCGAAGGUAUGGAAAAGGAGAAAUAAAUUCUCUUGUAUCAUAUGUAAAAAUGAUAUAUCGUUGGUUGAAAUGUGGAACUGACAUCUUUAAUGUGUGUUGCCUAUUUAUUAUCUCAAAGAAAAUAUGAUCACAGACGAGGAAAUCAUUUACUAUUCAGGAGCAUUAUAUACAGUUUCCUCACUGUCAAAACAAUUCUCAAACAUUUGUUUUGAUAAUUGUCUGAAAUCAUAGCUCAAGAUCUAUAUUAAUUUCAGACUUCUACACUCCAGUUAUUAUUUCUCAGAGUAGAGUCUGAAUGAUAUGUGAAAGAUUUCUUUUCUGGGCUGUCAUGUACUUGUUACUUCCACUUAUUAAAUAUGUCUGAAAAUAAAAUGAAAUUAAAGCAGUAUAUUAUGAAAUAAAAUGA